AUGACUGAAAAUGUGGUCAAAGUGGAGAAAGACUAUGAGGCGUCCUGUCAGCACAGAAACCUGUCCGUGGUCCCCUCACUUCAGAUACCUGGCAUUAAAAAAUUGGACUUGUCCUACAACGCCAUCAGAACUUUGUCGGUGAAAUCCCUGAGGAACCUCAGCUCCCUGCGCCACCUAGACAUCUCCUUUAACCAAGUGGGGUCCAUAGAGCCGGGGGCACUGGAGAACCUGGGGCAGUUGAGGGUCCUCAUCCUGGCAAACAACCAGCUGGGCAAGAACUUUUCAUCGAAUGAUGGGGCUUUCAGCUCGCUGACCAGAUUGCGUGAGCUGGACCUGACUGGGAACGGCUUGGACAAUGAAAUGGUCACACUGUACUUGAAGACGUUGCCCUCACUGGCCAGGCUGGGGCUGUCGGCCAACAAGCUGACCAGGCUGACGCCCGAGAUGUUCUGCGGGAUGAGGGGCUUGAGGCAGGUCCACCUGGAGAGGAAUUCCAUCACGGAGAUCUCUGCAGGGACCUUCGAGUGCCUCGUCCACCUGACGGAGCUGAACCUGGCCAUGAAUUCUCUCGCCUGUGUCUCUGAGUUCCGUCUGCCUGAGCUGCGGUUGCUGAACCUGAGCAGGAACGCCAUCGAGUUCUUCGGGGCCAGUGAGGAUCUCUUCAGGUACCAACUUCAGGUCCUAGAUCUGAGUCACAAUAGGCUGCUCCACUUCCCCGUUCUUCCCACGUUCCCACGAUUAAAACACCUGAACUUGUCCGGCAAUAUAAUAGUGACUCUGGCCGGCGGGCUGCCAAACUUCCCCGAAGGCUGGGUCACGAAGAACGUGUAUAAAGAAGUCACCGCAUUAACUCAUCUGCCAAACCGGUCAAUGAACUUCCCCACCCUGAUCUCUUUGGAUUUAAGUAACAAUGCCUUAAUGAACGUAUCUCCUGGAGCUUUCAACCCGUUUAACUCCCUUCAGCUUCUCAACCUCAGCAGGAACUGUUUCCAGAACUUCACCCUGGAGGACAAUGCUGAGCUCGAUUCCCUGUCUUCCUUGGACCUGAGCCUCAACAACCUUCGGACUCUCCGGGUGGCAGUCAAUAUGUCAAGGCGUCUCCCUUCCUUGAAGUCGUUGCACCUUCAGAAUAAUUUUGUUCAGCUGCUGCCUACCGUCCUUUUCAAAGUCCUUCCCAACAUAGAGGAGGUGAACCUCGCCAACAACAAUGUAAGGAUCUGCCAUGUGGAUAACACAGCGUCAGUGACAUCGGUUCAAGCCAAGAACGAUAACAAGAGUCACUGUGUGUCUUUUUCUGGCAUCCUCUCUCUCAAGUCACUGAACCUCCACGGGAAUGGCAUCAAAUGGCUCGCGCCUCACGCCUUCUCCCAAACCCCCCUGACACACCUGGACCUUUCGAGAAACCAACACUUGGAAAUGGCGGAUCUGGCGCUUGAGGGCUUGGAGCACUCGUUGCAAUCUCUUUCUCUUCGGUGGAAUUCAAUGGAGACCGCCGACCUGGGGCUGAGGUGCCUGAAACACCUGAGGAAGCUGGAUUUGGCCCACAACUUGUUAGACUCCUUGCCCAAUGGCACUGGGUGUGCUCCGCUGGAGGACCUGGAUGUCCGGAAGAAUGGAUUCCAUGGUUUCCAAGAGGAGAUGAUCAGGAAUGCUUCCCGGACCUGCAGACCCUGCACUUGAGCGGGAACCACCUGAACUGCUGCACGUUGACUU